UUUUUUUAACAAUUAUUUGUACGUCUCGAACCAUGAUUUUUUAAUUCGUUCUUUAAAAAUAACUUACAGCCCGUUCGGCUUGCUGGAACAGUGACUGGCUGGGGUUCUUUUGGCUGGGCUGAUCGGCUGGGAUGAUCAGCCGAACGGCUGAACGGCAGAUGGGCUAUUCCGCUAUUGAAUCGGUUGGGGGCUUGGAGCUGGCUGGAAGGUUUUGGCUGGGGCUGAUUGGCUGGCUGGAUUCCAGCCCAGCCAAAAAUGCUCAGCCGAACAAAGCGUUAAAUUUUACUAUAUUUAUGUAAUUUUUUUUAAUAAGACGAGUGGUCAAAUUUGAAAUUAAAAAAAAAAUUAUAAUUUGAAACGGAUGGAAUAUGUACAAAUGGAGACAAGUCCAUUCAAACUAGCUAUCAGACAGGCUCAGAUCGGCCCAUUAGACAAGUGAAGAAGAAAACCUACCGGACGCUGCGCCGCCUCCUCCCCCUUGAAGCUUCUUCUCAGCGGCGGCCGAGGGAGAAGAUGGUUGCGGCGAUCAGGGUCCCCAAGACCCAACGCGCCAGGCGGGAGCUCCUCAAGCACGCGCCCAAGCUCGUCGAGACUGGCAAAAAGACGCUUAUCCUCCAUGGUACAAAGACUAGUGCUGUGUUGAACUCAGUGCUGUCAGAUAUCUACCACCUGAAGCGAGAUAAUGCCAUGAAGUACACCAAGAAGAAUGACAGCAUUCGGCCGUUUGAAAGUGGUGGGGAAUCUUCUCUGGAGUUUUUCUCCCUCAAGACAGACUGCAGCCUUAUAGCGUAUGGUUCUCAUUCAAAGAAGAGGCCCGACAAUCUCAUUUUGGGAAGGACAUAUGACCACCACAUAUAUGACCUUGUUGAAGUAGGUGUUGAGAACUACAAAUCGAUGGAAUCUUACGUUUAUGAUAAGAAGCUGGCACCAAAACUUGGAUCGAAGCCUUUCUUUGCCUUCAUAGGGGAACACUUUGAGAGUGUCGAAGAGCUGAAGCAUUUGAAAGAAGUGCUGCUUGAUCUUUUCAGGGGAGAGGUUAUAGAGAAUGUAAACCUUGCUGGUGUAGAUCGGAUCUAUGUGUGCACAGCAAUCUCUCCUACUACUGUCUACAUGAUGCACUGUGCUCUCCAUCUAAAAAGGUCAGGCACAUCUAUUCCUAGAAUGGAGCUGGUAGAAGUUGGGCCUUCAAUGGAUCUGGUUGUAAGGAGACACAGGCUUCCAGUUGAAAGUUUGAAGAAAGAAGCUAUGAAGACCGCUGAGCAUGCUAAGAAGGUGAAAAAUGUCACCAAGGAUCCAGUGCAGGGCAGGCUGGGCAAGGUCUACAUGCCCGAUCAGCAGGUUGGAAAGUUGACCUUAUCUAACGACAUAAAGGGUCUGAAGAGGGAGCGCUGUGAGGCCAAGAAAAACAAGGAGCACUCGAAGAAGCAAAAGGUCAACCCCGAGUAAUGAGCGCUGAAGGUUAUUUAUUUUUGUCUUGGAUACGUGCAGAUCAAGGUCAUUUUGCUUUAACUGUUCUCAGUUGCUGUGUUGGCCAAAUGGAAGCCACUUGCUGUUAGAUUGGUGGAAAGUAGUUUAGUGCCAUCUUGUUAGGCUAAGAACCUUUGCGGUGGCUGUCACAACAAUAUUAUAUACCACGCAGCCACCUCAUCUGAAUUCAGAUAGAAGCAUGGAAAUUUUGAUCAGCGAUAGUAUUUUACAAUUAAUCUAUCGUUUGAUUGCUGCCUCCGAUCUCUGAGGGUCGAUGAGUUCUGUCCUCAUGAAUGAAUGUCAUUUCGAUC